AGCAUGCGAUUGGCUGCUUAGCUAAUGAAGUGCCAGGGGACCGUCAAGUGGUGGAACCUUGAGAAAGGCUAUGGCUUCAUACGGCACGGAGAAGGCGAUGAUCUGUUCAUCCACUGCAGCGACCUCGUUGGCACGCAGAGCCUGGAACCAGGCGAGCUUGUAGAAUACGAGGUCUUUUGCAACAAAAGUACCGGGCGGCAGAAGGCUGUGAGGUGUCAUGUGUGCCAUGCGUCUGCGUCCAGUCACUUGGAAGAGUCAAUCAGUCCGAGUGAGGCGCCGACCAAAGCAACCUCUUCACGUGGCCACAAGCAUGACCACCGCAACCGCCCCCUCCCCUCAACCCCCGACGCAACCUCAAACCCCGAGCGGGCGAGGGGGGAUUGGCCCAGCAGAUGCGGAGGAGCCUGAAGACUGGCAGUUAGAGGCGCUUGAGGAGAGCGAAACCGAAGAAGAGGCGAGCCACGAUUCUGAGCAAGAAGAAAUGGAUGCUGCAGAAGAGGCGGAGCUGCCUCAUGAGACGGAUGUUCAUUUGUCACCAUCAGAGGUUCGCUUUACCCACGCCAAUAUUUCCAGCUCGUUCCGGAAUGGCACACGGAUCGAUGACGUGAUUCGUAGCAUUGUCCUCCAGGAGAUGGCGUUUGAUGAUUUCCCCGUCCUUGUUUGCACCACGUGGAACGACAAGAUCUAUUCUAUCAACAACCGCCGCUUGUUUGUUGCACGGGUUUUGGAGAAGCUUGGAAAGCUGAACCUCAUCAGCAUCACUCUCAUUCCGUUUGACCAUCCUCUCCUCCUGAAGGAACAGGGGGGGCUCAGCAAGUGGCAGCGUUCCUUCUCCACAACCAGCGGUGGGCAGUUUGUACGCGUGCGCAGUGAUUUCGUCAGCCAACAAGCCGACAAAGUUCCCGACUUUCGGAAAAGAGACACCAACAAGAAAGGAGCGACACUACCAUUGAAACCUAUAUGUUUGUAUCAGAAUGAAAGCAAGGGGAAGGCGGGGAAGGCCCAGUCUGCUCGGCAAACCGCACAGCAAGCCAAGUGGCACUUGCAAGAGAGCGUGCCACAGGAGAUCAUGGACCAGCUUGGCAGAGAAUAUGCCAUCUCCUGGGAGGUCAUGGUCCACCCACGCAAUCCCAAGAUUGCUGCUAUCAAGCUCUGGCCCAAUUCCAAUUCCAAGAGCCGGGCUCCUAGUCCGGGUCGCUACUCCGAAGGUGUUCAUUUAUUCCGGGAGGCCGUCGCUAAGAGGUAUGUGAUUCAACGCAAAAACCAGCGCAUCAAGCAAAUGAGCGUAUCGAGCUUGAGCGCGCCGAUGCGGCUUUCUGUGCAAGAGCAACGUGCUGCGGAGAAGGAGAAGUCGCUGGCCAAGAAAAAGAAACACAGACAGUAAAGCAACCGCACAUGCUGAUUACAUUUGCUGUCCCGCGCUCUGCAAGAGGAGUAGUUUUCCUGAGG